GCCUCUCCUCACUACAUGGUUGGCUGUUCUUCAGAAGCAGCUGCUUCAUGUUAUGUCUGUGUUUUUCAUUUAGGGAUUUACCUUUUGGAUUUGAUCUACAUUGAUUCCGCACAUCCUGCUUCAGACAGCAUCAUAGAAAAUGAACAACGCUCCAACCAGAUGAACAACAUUCUGCGAAUAAUAUCAGAUCUGCAAGUUUCAUGCAUCUAUGAUCACCUUGUCAUGUUACCACAUGUACAGAAGUACUUAAAGUCCGUUCGCUACAUUGAGGAACUACAAAAGUUCGUUGAGGAUGAUAAUUACAAGCCUGAUUCUUCCAAGAUGGCUGCACAUUGA